GUCAUCUGGCUACAUGGAUUGGGCGAUACUGGCCAUACAUGGUCGGCAGUAGCAUCCUGGCUCCAGAUGCCUUGGUGUAAAUUCAUCUUCCCCACUGCACCUGCACAGCCGGUGUCAAUGAAAUUCGGCUAUGCGAUGCCUUCAUGGUUUGAUUUCAACUCUCUGGACGUACACGACAUCGAUGAGGACGCGGAGAGCAUGGGAGUGAGUGUGGAGUAUGUGCAUUGGCUGAUAGCCAAGGAGAUGAAGCACGGCAUCAACCCUCAGCGAAUCCUGGUGGUUGGUUUUGCGCAGGGUGGGUCUGUAGCUCUGAUGAGCGCGGUCAGAUCUCGGGGCAGGUUGGGCGGAAUUUUGGCACUGAGCAGCUGGUUGCCAAAGAUAUCGUUGGAAGGAGGGGGGCCCACGAAGGCAGCGUUGAAGAUUCCAUUCUGGUUCUACCAUGGGACAGACGACAAGGUGGUCAAGUUCGAACUUGGAUGUGAGAGUUACACCAGAGCGCUUCAACUUGGAUUGAGGGCUCAGUUUAAACAAUACGAAGGGUUGGGCCACGAGUACGGGAGCCAGGAGAUGAUCGAUGUUCAGAAGUUCUUCUUCCGAAGGAUC